AUGGAUGACCGAUUCUCUCACCCUCAGCCCAGCGAUCCACUUGCCAUCUUCAACGUCUGGGCUGCACAACCAGACAGUUGCGGCUACGUCGGCGGCUGGUCUCUGCGUGUCCCGAGCCCGGGCCACUGUCCAGCCAAGGCCUCCAAACCCUGCGGUACGGGUGUUCAAUUGAGAUGCUGCCCGCCAGACCUCGAGUGCCGCGGUGCCGACGACUAUUUCGGGUGCUACUGCUGCCUACCGGGCGAGGACUGCGUCCCGCGGGUACUCGAGAAACCCAAGUGCCCGACGUCAGAAUGGUCCCAAUGGGCCAUCAACGGCACCUUUGAGAUUGGCGGCUUCUGCUGCCUGCCCGGGCUGAAGGGCAUUUCGAUCCGCCUCGCCAACAACACCUUUGGGUUCGGCUGCGCCAGCCCGGACGCUACCCUCGCCGAGUAUGAAGGUUGGGCCGUCGAGAUGCCCCCCUCGCCCUGCGCCCGGGUCGAUAGCCCGGCCAGCACAACAUCGCCGACGGGCGGGCUGGCGACGAGCGGACCAGCGAACGACGGGUUAGCGACCGGCCGGAUCGCUGGUCUUGUCGUCGGUGUCAUUCUCGGAGUGGCCUUGGUAAUGGCCGGAGCAUGGUUCGUGCUGCGCAAGAGGAGGAAGGGUAACGGCCGCGGCGGUGAUGCGUCAAAGGAAGGAGACAGCGGGGACAAGACGCUUGCAGGCGCCGCGGCGGCCGGUGCGGCGUGGCCUGCGGAGCGGCACUUUAGUCAGGCCAGCACGGCGGUGCCGCACGAGAUGGAGUCGCAGCGGUGGGCGCACGAAAUGGAGGACCGGAGCACAGUCAUGCCGCCCGAGCUGCCUCCUGUCACAUCGAUGUGGCGGCAUAACCCGGACUAUGAGUUCGUUGUUGUGCCUUCCAGCACGCACAGCUCUACCGUCAGCCCUCUGAAUAGGAUGGGGGCGUCGCCACAGGGAAUGCCACCUACCUGA